AUGGGUGUAGGACUUGCAAGCGGAGGCAUAUACGAUGCGACGAGACAUUUCCUCAAUGCAACAGCUACCCCGCCAAACCUCCUGUUGACUCCAGGGAUUGAUGCUGAAAUCGAGCAAUGGCGAGCAACAGGAGUCCCUCCGUUCCCAGAGCUUGCUCUAUGCCCUCGAAAUGAUUGGCAUCGCUUUUCAAAGUCGACCCUUCGACUUAUUUAUCAUAUUGCCGGUUUAUCGAUUGACUUGCAUCGCCGAGGUCUUGGUGACACGACUGUUUGGUCUGCCAAUAUGCCACGACUACUCGCUAUUGCCGUCAUGAGUGAUUAUGUUAUGAGCUCAAUUCUCGCCCUUUCUGCAUUACACAUGGCAUAUGUGACUGGGAGCAAGGAGACUUUAAAUCUGUCACAUCACCACCGGAAUAUUGCCUCGAAAGGUCUGCAAGAUGCUUUAGGAGCGUUUUCCAGAGAAGGCUGUGACGCAAUACUUGCUGCCUCGUUGGUUUUGUCAUGGCAAGCGGUUGAUUGGACCUCCAUUUCCACUCUGCAAAAAGGGAUAUUAUUUGUUUUGGAUUCGAUGCACCCAUCUUGGAAAGAAUCAUCAGAAAUCGCCCAGAUUCUAGAAAACCAGAGAGCAUUACGAAUACGAGGUUUAACAGCAGACCCUAAUAGCUCUCCCAACGGAACACUCCAGAUAGGAAACAUCGAUAGCACUAUUGCCGAUCUACAUCGCUCCCAAGAACGUUUGCAGCAUAUUCCAGAGUUUUACGAUACAAUAACAGAGUUGAUAGGCUUUAUGAAACAAGUACGCAGCGAAAUACCGUUUCAGUCACCUAAAAUCUCGUUUGCACGAUUACAGUCUUUGCGAGCAUGGAUAUUAUGGUUACCUACCAAAUUACUUCGAGGGGGCGAGGGUGAUUUGGGUGCAUUGGCUGUUUUGGCGCAUUUCUACUCGGCGGCGCUUGUCUUGGAACCUUUCUUUCCUGGUCUGGAAGGCUCAUAUCUUGGUUGUAUGACCUUGAAUCUGGUUGAGAAUGUCGAUGUUAUUUUGCAAGCCCGACAAUCCAGAUUCCAGACAUCUCACAUAGCACAACUCGCGACGGCACUGAUGGAUGGACUUCGACAUAGCGUGAACGAGUACAAAACCCCGAUCCAAUGGACGCCUCCUCUACAAACUCACAGCAUGAAUCAUAUAUUGCCAAACCCGCCCAGUCCAUAUCACCAAUUCGAUGAAUACCCUUCAACAUCAUUCGUGACUAGCGCACCCUACACACCGACCACGAUUUCAUCCUUUGCUCACGCAGUCACCAGCCCGCCGCCUCCUCUUUUAUCUUCGCAUGCAUAUAAAUCCAGUGACAGCUUUUCGUCGUUUUAUAUAAGUCCUACUGUUCCUUCCUCGGAGUAUUAUGAUGAUUCGCUAUCGGAUUAUAGUCGACCAGGAACAAUUGAGCAUUCGCCUGCCUUCUCGUCAUAUGGUAACGAUUAUAUCCAUGGUCUGCCUACGACUGAGCAUGCUGGAUCAUUCAAUCCUAAUAUUAGUCAUGAUGCGUCUGUCUCAGGCUCGAAUUCUGUGCCCCCGGAACUUUGGACUUGA